CUGACACAUUGCCCCCCGACAAAAAAUCCAAACAAAUAGAAUAUUGCCGUCUGAGUUUGCCUUCCUAUUUAUCCUGCGGCGGCGUCUGGAUCAUGAUUCUUUCCGGCUACUGAAGAAACAUAAACAAACAAAAAAAGAGAAAGGAAAACAAAAACAAUGGCUUGUUCUCUAGAGAUUGUUAAGUUAUGUGGGUACUACUCUCCUGUAUCAUCCAUUUCCCGCCAUAUAUCUACAGUGAAACUGGAAUCUAGAAAAAGGGUUUUCAGAUUAGCAGAUUCUCGGCGGUUUGGUCGAUGUGUUAAGGUUUCUUCAUCAUCUGCUCGUAACGGCGGCGAUAACCAGUCAAAAGGUGAUGAACCACCAGAAUCUUUGUUCAUGAAAGAAUUGAAGAGAAGAGGUAUGACUCCUACAUCGUUACUUCAAGACUAUGAAGUUGAUGUUGAUGAGAUCAAACCCACUGGUAAAGAAACCUCUAAAACGACUGCAACUACUACUCCUCCAUUCGACCAAAGUUUGUUAAACCAGAGAGAGAGAUCCUUGGCUUUAAACAGCGAAGGCCUUGAGGGAUUGAUUCCACGUGCUAAGAUAUUGCUGAUGACUGGAGGGACUUUCUUCUUGGGUUUUUGGCCCUUGAUAGUCUUAACUCUUGGCGCCUUCUCCGCCCUUUACCUUUACUUUGGAGCAGAUUUCGUUCAUGAUGGAAGCAGAACUCCGGUUUCACCACCACCCUACAUCGAUCCUUAUGCUCUCUUGGAGGAUGAGAGGAUAUCUGGAAUCAAUUCUCGUCUAAAUUAG